AUGUCGAGCAAUUCUGAUUCUCAGGUUCAGUUUAAUAGCGAAGAUUCAGAGAUCAAGCCUGAAAGUUUAUCUUCCAUAAGCAAAAAAUCAAAAAAAAUCAAGAAUAAGGUACAAAAGCAAACUAAUUGGAAUCCUGGAAGACCAGGGAAACCCUCGAUUUCCUAAUUACCUAUUGAUCAAUUUCAAGUUAUCAAGAGCAGUAUGAAAAACAUAUGGUUUUGUACUGAUAUUUCUAUGAGAUGUUUGAUAUACCUUUGCAAAAAAGGAAACAUGAUCCUUAAAGUAAAAACAGGAAAACCAGCAGAAACGGUUAAAAAGGAGUUUCUAGAUCUUUUUGGAAAGACUAAUCUCAAAUCCUAUAAAAAAUUUAAGAAGGAAUUCAAGAAAAAACUUAAGGUAUCAUUAUCAUAUUCAACUAAGGAAAAAAAUGCUGCCAUCUUGUAGCACUUAGGGUACUCAGAAUAAACAACCUAUCUAUUUCUAUCUAAUAAUGAUGGAGAUCAAAUAGACCUAAAGUUGGAAUGUGUUACAAAUGAGACAAAAUAAGGCCUCUUGUCACUCAUAAGGUAUUUAUCUCCCUAAUUCACCUAUACAUAUAAAGUAAUUGUUGAAUGUUUCUAUUCCCUCUUGGCCAUGAGCUAAUAAGAGGAAGAUAAUUAAUUCAAUAUCAACAAUAUUGUUGAAUCUAUCGUUGAGAAAUUAAAGUCUGACAAAAAAAAUCAUAAGAUGAUCUUUGAUAUGCAAUUGAUAUAAGAACUUUUAUUGGGUGAUUAUGUACUUAUGAAUGAAAUUGAAAAUGAGCCCGAAUAAGCUGUUUUACAUCUGAGAUCAAACGAAGGUGUUAACCUUCCCAAUUUCACCGCUAACUCCUAUAAAGAUUAAGUAGAGUCUAUUGAAUAAUAUUCAAAUUGGAUCAAUACCUUCAUUCGGGAAUUUGUUGAGAUUUUAAAAUAAUAUUAAUGA